AUGGAAGAGAAAACUCAGGAGCGCCUGCAGGCGAUUGAAGAGAAGAUGGGCAAGAUGCUCACUGAGGCACACCAGAGCCCACCGAAGCGCCAAGACUGGGGCGGUGGGUCUGUUGGCCCUGUUGGCUUCGUGGGUUCCGAGACGUCUCUGUUCCAAGGCUGCUCGAGGCCAGCCACGAAGCUGGGCGCCAGCCAGUUGAUGACUGCGAAGGUGAAGGGGCAAGAGACAGCCCGCCAAGCCAAAGCAGCAUAUUGUGAACCCGACUUGCUCGUGCUGACCAAGUACCCGGUGGAUGCUGACCAGGUCGAGCAAACCUGCUGCGAUCGCUCCAGCCCGAGCUGUGCUGGCUGUGCCAAAGCUGGGAUCGGGAGCACCUGUGACGAGUGUGCUGGCGGCUUUGUGAAGCGCCAGGGCUCGCUGGGGAACGUGUGCGUGUCCUGCACCGACUCAGCCGGCUGGCUGAACUUGGACGGAAAGACCUGCACGCAACUUGGCGGCGCUGGCUGUGAUGACAAGAAGGUCGGCGGCCAGAGCAGCAAUCAAGCCUGUUGCCACUGUGGCGGCGGGCACGUGACACCGACGCCUUUCUCGUAUGAGACGAUGCAGUUUACCCCGGGCUUGCAGGAGUUUCGCUUGGAGCCAUCCCCGCGAACAGCGGACCGUUACUCCCUGGAUGAGGGCUGCGAACUUGCGUCCCACAACCUGACGCUGGACGCGAGGACAGGGGUCAUCUCUGUGGCCGUGGGCCGCACAAAGCCGACCGAGCCCUUCGAUGUCGAGUGCAGGGUGACCGCCCACCAAGGAAUCCACACGAGCUACAGCUCAGCCGUGCGCAUCUCCAUGAGUGAGCUCACCUACGGUGCUCCCCUGCUUUGGUUUCCCAGCGGGGCGUCCUACGGGCCCAAGACAUCCAUCAAGGAAGAGAAGAAUCUACCCCCGGGUACUCACGGCUUCUACUUGGAUGGUGAAUUUCCUGGAGUCCUCUCGCGUCGAGUUCUUGCUGCGGCGCCUGGAGCAGGCCCAUAG